AUGACGGAAGAUCCAGCAGUCCGGGACGGCAGUUACAGCAAGAAACUGCUGAAGGAGUUCUCGAGGAGCCGCGACAAGGACAAGUGGGAUUGGGAGCCGAACGCCGGGACGGCCUACCCCUUGACGCCCCGUUCCAGACAUAGGCUCGACUCCCACGACUCCAAUGCCUCCGUCAUACUGGACGGCUGCGUCGAGCCGGGAUGGAAACUCGAGGACAUACUGCUCGCGGCCAAGCUGCUCCUAACCGACGAUCCCCACCAGCAGAACCAUUACAGGGACGAAGCCGAGAUGCGCAGGGUCUACGGACUCGUCUACGACGUCCUCAGAUACGAAACCGUGCUGGAGCGCGCCCUGGACGACGUUGGCUUCUGGGGGCGCUACGGUCGGCUGAAGAAGCGCGACAAGGUAGUCCGGCUGCUGCUGUACGACAUGCAGGGCCGCAAGUUCGCGAGGGUCGGCAACGGUGCCGCGAUCGCCCGGAGAAACGAGGCUCUGGCCGAGGCUGGACUCUUGGACAUCGAGAAGGCCCUGCUGGCGACGAGGACGCGCUUGGCCGCCAGUCUCUCGCGGCUGCGCAUCGGCGGAUCGGCCCUCAGUUUGGACGAACUGUUGCCUGCCCACCUGCGGACGGCCGAGGGCGUGACUUGGGGCGAGGAGGGCUCCAUCGCCUCGGGUUGGGUGAACAGCGCGAAACUGCCCAGCCGGAGCGACUUUGUCAAUGAAAUGAGCAAACUUGGGCUGCGGCUGUGCAGCAUCUGCUCGCCGACCGGGGAACUCGACGAGGACCAGUACGCCUUCGACCCGCUGUGCCCCAAAGUCGUUAACUUGCACGAGAAGGCGCGGGAACGGCUGGCCGUCUCCGACCUCGUGCGCAGCCACAGCUUCGUCUUCCUCGUACUGAUGCUUAUAAUUGGUUUCCAGGAGAGAUCGCUGUGCGUGGGUGCGGCGGCGAUGGUCCAGGCGAUUCGCGCCGGCAAGCUGUGCGGUCCAGUGAUCGUGACGCAUGGCACGACCCUUGCACCCAGGCACACCGGCUACUUGGCCGAACUGCUGGCCGACGUCGAGAACGCGGGGGUCAUCCUGGUGUUUGCCCUAGGCGACGAGCUGGACCGGCACAGGGCCUAUCUCAAUGGUCUCGGCAUAUCGCUGCAGCGCUACAAGCUCUACGCCGAGAGGUACCCGUGCGCCCCGAGUUCAGCGGAAAUCGAGCGGGCUACGAUAGUCCUGGCUACGCCCCCGUGCAGCUACACCGGGGUGCGUGAUGUCGUUGAUCUCGCGAUCGCUCGGGGCGGGGACUUGCGGCUACUUGAGUCAUUGACGAGCACCGACUCGGAGUCACCCCGGCAGCCGCGCGUCCUUCUCGCCGAACAGAUGGCCACCCUCAGGUAUGCCCUCACGAGACCCAAUGUGCAGCUACUAUUCUACGAGGUCCACACUCUCCUGCCUUGCGAGACCACGGACAUGAUUAAACAGGCUUUUGAUUACGCCAACAAAAUGGCCAGGGACAAGUAUCUGCGGGAACAUCCGCAGAGGAAAAAACCUCAUCCCAAAGAGCCGGGAAAGAGGAGCAAGAGAAAGCGCUCCCUGUCCGUAGAGCAGAUCGCGCAAAAGUCGCAGCAGCAGGACGAAAGUAGAUCAAAUCUGGAGUCGGAGGAAGAAGCUCUCGAUAUCCCGGAGAGCGACUUGUUCGAGAUGUCGACCCUGAACGACCUGUACAAGCAGGACUGCGGCCGGCUGUUGGACCCGGGCUCGUUCAUCGUCGUGGUGAAGCGCAAGGAGAUGAUGCAGUUCAACUCGCUCUUCAUGAUCAAAGUCGCCGAGGCCAAAGGUGUCUUUGGCCAACUGACGCUGAAGAGGCCCAAAACGCCCGAGCCUACCGAUGAUUCUUGCGACAACGCUCUUGCCCCACCUACCCCGGUUCCUAGCGAUCCGAAAAUCGAUCGCAAAAAGAGUCGCAAGAAGAGCAAGAUUCACUUUGAGCGUCUGGCCGCGCCGACGUACGCUUCGGUGGCACGAGUCCUGCAUGAGCGCCAGGUGUGCCCGCGGCACCAUCAGCACCUCGUGCACGAGGAGAGCGCCCUGGAGUCGCAGAAAUCUCCCGCCCCUCCCGAACCCAUACCCGAUCCACCUGCGUUAAUUACCCAUUGCAACUCGCAGAGCCCCCCAACAGACAGUUCGAGCGAAGACGACGACGACUCUGACUCCUGCGCGAACGAGGAGUCACCAAAAGCAAAGGAACGCCUGGAGUCAAAGUACGCCAAUGGCGAUUCGGGCGGUGGUUCAGUGGUUCAACGGAGCAGCGCAAAAAAACUGUACUCGAGUGCUCUACCGUCACCCAUGCCAGAUCUGUUCGACGAUUACGUCAAAAGGAAGGGUCACGGGGAUCUGUUUAACAUACGCUUCAAGCCGAUGCACCUUCAGGCCCGGCGCCACGGUCCGCAGUUGCGAGCCAGGAGACUGAAUCGAAUCCCCUUCCAAAGCCGCUUGGAUACGGUGUACGAGCACAGCCAGAGUUUCUCUUAUACUCCCUCAACCCGGACGAGUGACGGCGUGCUCGUGGACAAAGGGCUUUUGAAAUAA